GCCAUAAAGAUAUCCAGUAUCAUCUUUCAUAGGUAUCAACAAGUAGGUAAAGAAAACUAAAAGUCAGUCAAUACUUACCUUAAUUUCUAAGUUAUAUACCUACCUAGUACCAUCCAACGCAGAUUAUAUAAAAUAACACGCCAGCAGAAAUAACUAUCUGUCAUAAUGGCUGCACCAGGAAACGGCAACGCACCCGCUCAUGGGUUUUCUCUCCCCGACGCCGACUUUGACGCCUUCAACAACCAGGCCAUCCAGGACUACUACAAGAAGAAGGCAAAUGAGGAUAUCCUGACCGGCCCAACUGAAGUUGAGGAUGAUAUUGAAACGGAAGCAAGGCAAGUAGUCAAGAAUUGGGAGAAAGUUGUUGGUCGCCAGGCCACAACAGAAGAGCGUGAGAGAAUGACGGCUAAGAUUCAUAGAAUUAGGGCCGGAGCUUGGCUCGAACGCACAAAGAAGAAUCUCGUUGGAGAGACGACGGUCCCGAUCGCUGUGUUCAACCGUUUCGUUGCCCAGAACGAAGGCUCUGUCGCAUACGUCGCUCGUCGCAUGUGCGAUAUGGCUGAAGAGCGCGAGCAGGCGGCCGAAGAGAUCCGUAAUCUCCGGGAUGCUAAUGGGAGACUAGCAAUGGAUGCGGCUAAACGAUGCGAUGAAGAGAAGGCUAAGCUCACGUCGGAGAAUGAUGAGUUGGCAAAAAAGAUCGCCGAGCUUGAGGAGAAUAACGAGCGUCUGCGCGACGACCUCGACGACGCAAUUAAUCAGCCUCCGAUCGAUGAUAAGGCGAAGGACGAGAUCGUUAGGUUGGAAUCUGAGAUUAAUGAUCUUCUGCGAGAGCAUACAUAUCGAGACGCGAAAAUUAAGACUCUUGAAACCGAGUUGAGGGAGUCGCGAAAACGAGAGAACGCCGCCAGAGACGAGAUACGUAUGCAAGAUCGUCAGAUUACGGAGCUAGAGAACAAGAACGAUUCUCAGGGUCGCGAUAUCCGGGAUAAAGACCACGAGAUCAGCCAGCUGAAGCUAUCUAAAUCGAACCCCGAGAAAACGGACACGGCCGCGAUCAUCAAGGGUCUACGGAAAGCGAAGAGGGACCACGAGGAGAUCAGCAAGGAAGUGCAGGCCCUGAUCGACGACUGGAUGGCCAGCAUCGCGGACCAGAACAAUCUCCGGGAAUACCACAUCUGCGUCGAGGAUCUGAAAAAGGACCUGCAAUUCCUGCGCGGGAAAGUGCUUGAGUUCAACGAGGGCCUCGGUAAUACCACGACCCCCGAAACCAACGCUCUGGAGGUCCUCAAGUCCUUGACGGAAGAGCUGAACAAGCAGCCCAAACAACAAAUGCGCACGCGUCUCUGGUCGCUCAAACUCGUCACGGACCUCAGCCUCGCAGAGACGCGUCUGAAGACCGAGCAGCUGCGCACGGAUACCCUGCGCAUGCAGCUCGAGAUGAAGAAGUCGGACGAGCAGCUGUCCGCGGAGACGAAGAUGCAGUACGGCAUUUACAACCAGGAGGAGAUCGAGCGGGAAGUCGACUCCCGUACACAGAUGUACCGGAACCAUCGCCUUGAGAUUCUGGAUAACAUCUUUGGGGCCGCGGAGGAUCUGAAGGUCGUGGCGAUUCGGUGUACCCAUGUGCCGACGCGGACGCAGAUUAAUGAUAUCUGUAAGAAGUAUUUGACGCCGGAGUCUUUGCCGAAGCCGAAGUUGCAGCCGCCGCGGAUGCCGAGAAACUAA